AUCUCAUCUUGUCUCAUCUUAGAGCCAUUCAUUUCAAUCACCGUGUGUGAAAGAAUUGAGCAUGGCUAUGAGAGGCAGCAACAAUGUCAAGAGCUUCGCGACGAUGCUCCUAGUUGUGGGUCUUGUGGCCAUGGAGCGAACCCAGCAAGCGCAAGCUUCCCAUUGUUGUUGUCAUCUAGACUCGGUCCCUACCUAUUUUGACUGCCGCGCCAAAUCUGAUAGCACCGUCUCAGAGUGCUGCGGUGUUUCCGCCGGCUAUAUAUCAAACGACGCUGGAACUGAAUGCAAGUCCGGUUAUAUUGAUAUAGAGAAAGUUUCACUACAAGCAGUCAACUACUGCAAGUUGGGGUGCACGGCUUCCUUGUGUAACAAAGUAACUCCAUCUGGGAACGAUGCCAUGGAACACUGCACCAGUGAAUGCCACGAUCUGUGCACCAAGAACGGUGUGGAAAUUGCACAAGUCGUCGUGGCUUAACUAGUUAUGGCAAGGAGCUGCAUCGGACAAGCCCGCCAAGGAGUGUUUGUGUUGCCUUCAAUAACUGGAUGUCGCAUCCAAGACCAGUAUAUGUCAAAUGUUACUUGUGUUGCAAUUUUAGCUCCAAUAAGGCUCAUGAGAUGUAUGACGCAUCCUCCCGCGAGGAUAUAUAGUGCUCAUCAUAUUAGAUGUUUUUGUUGUAUCCUUGGCGUAUGACAUUGUCAAAGCAUGAUUUUAGUGAAAUCUUGUUUAGUUUA